GCUCAGUUUAUUGGACAGUGCAGUCUAUCGCGUGUCCAUCCACAGUCGCGCACGCAUCUGGGCUUUUCUCUGUGUAGCGCAUUCCUCUUUAGGUUUAACGCUCGCGCUCUUCUCUCUCAUUCCGGGCUAAGCACAGCAAUAAUCCAGGGAUCCCGAUAGCUCCUCCCCUGUUUUGGCGCCCGCGGAUCGAUCGCGCCGGGCGAGGCGCCGCAAGAAUCCGUAAGUGCUCGUCGAUAGGCGCGCCGAAACGAUCGGCCAUUACUGCUGGAGCUGGCUGCUGAUAGGGUUUUAGAUACUCCUCGCCGAUUAGUCAGCGGCAUUUUGUUAGGUCUGUAGCACAGGAUCGCGCUCUAGUCCGAGAAGCUCUUGGGCACUACCCUAGGGUUGGAUUGAGCGAGCUAGAGCCAGGAACAGAGGCUGGGAUAGUAGGAAGGAAUUAAAAUGCACAAGGACAGGGACUGGGCGGUAUGGCCAUGGCCGAUUCUUUGACUUGCUUGGAGAAUGCUUAGUCUCACCAGUGAGUGGGAAUUUCCAGAGCACAGCGGCACUGGGUCCUCUGUUCUUCGCGGUGGAUCAUCGACUUUUCGACAGUACCACAUAUGGAACAUGGACCAGAGGCUUGUAGGAUUAAUGCCUUGCUCUGGAAAGAGUAGGAAACCCAAGAGCUGGAAAAAAGGAUUUAGAAUACACGAUGCAGCAUGCGGGCGAUCUUAAGGAGAGAUGCACAGGUAUUCUACUGCCGCUGGUGGCAGUGGCGUUGCAGCUAGUCGAGAGGGUCCUCGAUCCGAUUCCACUUACUCUGGUAUCGGUUUCACAGCAACAGCAAGGCGUACUCCCCAGCUUACACCUUACAGGCUCAAAUGCGAGAAAGAACCCCUGAACCCACGGCUCGGACCUCCCGACUUUUAUUUCCCUGCUCCCGAUUGUCCAGAGGAGUCUUUAACGCGUGAUACUUGCACAAAUGGAUACAAAGAAGCGAUUGAGGGGAUUGAGGAAGCACGAGAAACGACGUGGACCUUGGCUACGAAUAAUGCGCUAUGGGCAAAAGAGAAUAUCAGUCGUUACAAAGAGUCCCUUCGUAAGCGACUGCGGGCGGUAACAAACGCUCUCGUUAGAAAACGCAAGGCAGGACAAGUAUACGAUGUUCCUCUUGUUGGAGCGCUGCUUGCCAAAGCUGGACAGUUCCCAGAGCGACAUACCUAUGGAGAGGAUUAUCGGAAGAAAUGGAUAGAAGACCUGUCGCAACGUAAACGCUUAUCUUUAUUGGCAGAGCACGUUCCACAUGGUUUUCACAGAAGAACAUUAUUCGAAGCCCUGGUUAAGCAAAAUGUGCCGUUUCUCCGAGCCACCUGGUUUAUAAAAAUAUCUUACCUCAACCAGGUGCGCCCGGCUUCGAGUGCUGGCGCUGAUAAGUCGCAUGGCAAGCGUCUGGAACAGUGGACUCGGGACGUUUUAGAUUACGCACAAUCCGUACUUGACGAGAUCUGCUCAAAUGCGUCGCGUGCAGCACUGGCCCAGGCCUACGAUUCUGUGCAAUCUGUGGAAACCGACCUGGAUGGCCAUGCGAAAUGGCAUUACAUUGUGCGGCUUGUGCAGUGGCAGUAUGCGGAAGGUCUUCUUCAGCAAUCCCAUGUUGUUGAGUGGGCUCUCAAGCAAAUACAGGAAAAGGAAUCGCUGGACGGUUUGGAGCUUUUGCUCCCUGUUCUUCUGGAGUUCAUGGACUCUCUGUCACUUUCUCAGGUCCAUGUCCGAAUGUUGGUAGAUAUCUGCCAACACUGGCUACGGCAGCUUGGGGUGUCCAACGUCCUACCCAGCCCGGAAGAGCAGCCUCAACAAUAUCGCAUCGUCGUGACCUUUGUGGAGAUAAUGCGCUACCUGCUUGUUGCUGUUCCAGACACAUUCGUGGCUUUUGACUGUUUUCCUCUCCUUCCAUGUGUUACGACACUGGAAGGUAUGGAAAUCGUCAAAGACGGUGACCCGAAAGCAGAUACUACGAAGGGAAACGGCAGGCCAGGGAACCUUUGUCCGUAUCGUGAAGUCUACAUUAUGGAGGUUGUCGAUUCGAUACAGAAACGAGCAUCAUCUCUGACGAAGGCUGUGAAUCCGGGAGUCCUCAGAAACAACGACGGGAAAGUUAUACAGGCUCUUGACAAGUCGCUAGCUGCUGGCGAUCUCCUCAGCGCUUUCCAGGCCGUAUUUGACAGCGAUUUUUCUGGCUACGACCAAUUACCCGGUGAAUGGAAGACCUCCAGCUCCAACUUACCAUUUCUAUCCGGCAUGCUGAACAACGUCAACCUCUCAGAUCUUUUUGCGGUGCGGUAUCUGUGCGAGUGGGCAGUCUGUGACUUUCGGGAUACCAGACAAGCUUCUAGUAUAAAGGUAUCCACAGGCAUCAAAGACUUGUCACGUAUUUAUACUGCAGCUUCAGUCCUCCUACUUAAGAAGGACUUCCCUCCCGGAUCUCACGCUAAAAAGGCCAGGGUCAAGGGUGCAUCGGAUUCCAAACUCAAGCGCUCUCCGAUGCACGAGAUCAUCGUAGCAUGGAUAGAUCAACAUGAUUCGAGGAAAGGGGAGAGCAUGGAGAAGAUGCAGCUUCUUCUAUACGAACUGGUUCGUAGGGGCAUUUUUCAUCCGGAUGCGUACGUACGACAGCUGAUCGUGGAAGGCUUACUAGAAAGACGAGAGUCGCCAAGUGAUAUAAGCAGGGCGGCUCGUCACCGGCGGGUCUUGCGUUACCUUCCUGGGCUUCCGACUUUGGACCUUGAUGAUACCAAAGACACAGACGAUAUUCCGGAGAAUGCACGACUGUAUCGCAACGAGCGUCGGCUAGCUCUGCAUGGUUUCCAUUCCGACGACAAAAUAGCUAAAGACCGAAGGUUGAAGGAUCGCACGUAUUCUUCAGAAGUGAAGGUACCGAUGUCUGGUUCUUUUGUAACUAACACACUGGAUAGGAAGCAGGUCAGCCGGAAACCGAUGAAGUUGCUGGAAGUGAAACAGGCAGUAUGUGCGUAUUUACAGAUUCCAGACACUUUAGCGGGACAGCAAAAGUUCUGUGCUGGCCCGGUUGGUAUCCUCAAGAGGGUGGCUGGUUCGUCCAUUGGGGAUACCCAUGGGUGUGAAGAAUGCAACGGUAGCAAAAGGCUUAAAACAGGCGAAUCAAAGGGCACAGGGUUUAUAGCAGACCCCGAAGACUCGUGGUGGAUAAAGAAGGUACCAAAGGUCUCGGAUCCAGUCAAGCUGGAAGCUUCUAUCAAGCCCCCAAAGCAAGGCGUCAGAGGGAGGCCCAAAACCGUGAGAAAGACUCAAAGCCUUGCUCAGCUUCAUAGUGCUCGUGUAGAUGGUGGCCAGGGUGCUUCUUCCAGUCACUCCUUUGACAGUAAGGUGCAUUGCCCGUAUCAUAGGCCUGCAGCGAGUACCAAGCUUUCUCUGAACGACUUGAGGCCUAAAAACGACUUCCGUUCGAUCGGCUCUGCACUGAAGCAGCUUACAGUAUCUGAGAAGUUUAACUUCUCUUCAUGGCUAGACAGAACGAUCCGCAGCUUGCUCGGGGAAGGCACUGCCAACAAGACGGGUCCGACGGCGAGGUGUCAGCUUAGUGAUGAGCAAUUUGGAGCGGUGGUUUAUAUGCUCGACAUGGUGUUUGACUACAACGUUCUCGUCAGGCUUCUCUUGUGGCUUCUACCUAUGGCUGCUGGUACGUCUGGAAUGUCUGCGAGAGCACCAGUCAAUAACAAAGAAACGUGCGGUAUCGGAGAAGCAGCAAUUUUGUCAUGCUUAAGAAGAUACGAACUAGUGAUAACAUCUCUGAAUCUCUUACCGGAGGUUCUAACCGUUGGGAUACAGUGUGCUUCUUCAGUGAUUGGAACCAUUCCAUCGGGCAGAUCACAAAUACUGAUCUAUGUCAGUGAGCUACUAAACAAGUACAAAGGGCUGAUGACGGUACAAUCGUGGCAAAAGACGUGGAGAGGUUCUUGCGAUCAGAAAGUCGCGAUGGAACUGGAGGCUCUGAAAGUGGGAGACAGCGAAAGCGCUUUGGGAUUCAUCAAUACCGUCGGUGAAGAUCGAGAUGAUCCUAUUCCUCAACGCCUGAACAGUCGACUUGCCAGGGUUGGAGCAAGCAUGAAGGACUCAGUUCAGAAGGCUUUGGGGGAAGCAGUCUCGCAGAUAGUCAGCAAAGAAAGAGAACUUCAGACGGCCAACUUUGCCAUCAAAGACGCUGUGGCAGAGAAAGUGGAAGAAUACUCCCACCGUGUCGUCACGGGACUUUUGGAAGCCAUAAAACAGAACGGAACCGCUCAGACGGACUCGGGUCUCGUCAAUGCUGCUGUGUCGGCCUUGGUUAGCAGCGCAAGUUCUUCCGCCGCUAACGCGCAUGAGGUGCUGACAGCGAACAAUGCAGGGCCUGAUAUAUCACUGAGAUGUGCCAGGCGCAUUUUGCAGCUCCACGUCCGUUGUUUGCGGCUGCUGAAGGAUGGCCUUGACGACCGGCAGAGCCGCGUGCUGGACGUGUCACUAGCUUCCGAGGCUUCAACGAUUGUUGCCGGACACUUUGUACAUAUUCCUGGGAGAGCUCCCCGCUCCCAAUUUCACCUCUCGCCAGAGACGCCGGAGCUGGGGACACUGGGAAACGACUUUGCAGCUGGUCAAAACGUUAUCACGUCCGGAAGAGCAGCCUCGGCAACAGCACUGGUGGUGAUGGCAGUUGUACAUGGCGUUUUAAGCUUAGAGAGGCUCGUGACAGUUUUGAAGAUAAGAGACGGACUCGAGGCUUUGCACCUUCCAAAACUUUUCGGCAGCUCAAACGGUCUGUCCAGAGGUGUGGCUAUGGGAAGUACACUCAAGUCCGAUGAGGUGCAUAUUCACUGGUUCCGGAUAUUGAUAGGGGACUGCAAAGCCAUCGCAGGUGGCCUGGUAGCUGAUAUCCUGGGCGAUGCAACUUUAGUGGCUCUCGCACGUACUCAGCGGCUACUACCGUUAAACUUGGUCUUCCCAAUGGCAUAUGCGAUGUUCUGCGGGCUUUUGCGACGACAGGUUUUAUCGCGCAUGAGCAAUGCGAGCAGAGACGACAGCAUUCUCCAAUCCCUUAGCGUGGCUGUAGCGGACAUUGUCAAGCAUGAGCCGUUCCGUGAGGUGUGUUUACAGGACACGCGAGCGCUCUAUGUCCUCCUUUCAUCAGAUGGAGGCAGCUCCGACUACGCUGCACUGCUGGAUGAACAAGGUUUCGAUGCUCGAUUAAAAGUCGAGGCGAUGCUACCUUUCUCCGGUCGGCUGUUCCUACACUCGAUACUAGACGGCGUUCUACCAUCUUCCAUGCAAUGGCAGGACGACGAAGCAUGGGUGAAGGUCCGUCAUGUCCACGACCCGAAACAUGCGCAACAGCAGAUGGUCUUGAUCUUGGAUGAACUGCAGCCUGCAACUUUCCACUGGCAGUGGUUGGAACUCAGACUUCAUCUCAACGAGCUGGUUUUCGUAGAGAAGAUUGAAGCUCAUAACUCUGCCGUCAAGGCGAUGCAAGCAUCCGUGGGAGCGUCGGACCAACUUUACGAGUGUGAGAAGGUCUUCACGGAAAAUGUACUCACAAACGUGCUCUUCAGACCAGACGCAGGUGCAUUGUACUCCGAGGUGCUGCAUUCUCUCGGCAAACCGCUGGAAGAGUACAUCAUCAAGCUUGUGAAGUGGUCUUUGCAAGGCGUCGACGUUCUCUAUGGGAAGAAAUCAUUAAGACAACGCCUUGAGCAGACGAAAGGGUACAUUAGACCGACGUCGGCUCUGAAGUCGUGGGGCUGGCAACCUCCUUGGAGUGUGGUGGAAGCCGCCUCUCCGGAAGAGGGUGAAGUUUCUCAGGACAACGCCAGUGCAGCAGGUGGAAGCUCCAGAGACGAUGCUCUCAGCCUGCACUUUGCGAUCGAAAAGGCCUUGGCUGACUUGGUUCUGCCAUGCCUUGCAAGGAGCUUAAACGACACAUGCAGCGGCUUUGCGUUUGAUCUGGUGAGUCAAAUGGCGGAGCUGGAGCAGCAAGUGACAUUGCUGACGCGGUCGAGUGCAAAAUUUUCUGUCGCGCCAAGCACUGCAGACGGGCCUGCAGCAAAGAAUCAAAGGAGAGGAGCCAGAAGCGGAUUGGAAACUGCAAGUCCAAGUGUACGUCGACGGCCUCCAGAGGCUUCUGCUGUUUCUGCUGCUGCGCUCCAGAGCUCGAUGUGGCUGCGACUACAGUUUCUUCUGCCUUUACUGCGAAUUAUAUACUGCGACAGAGAGAACAUGCGACUGACUCUCGCUCCGGUUCUCCUCCGGUUGCUUGGCACCCGUGUCGUAUACGAGUCCGCAGAGUCGUUUGGUAUUCACCAGCCAGAGAGCUCCAUGCUGAACAAGGGACAGUGGAAUGCGGAGCUUGCGUCGAUGGCGGCAGCAGCGUCUGCCGGCGAGGAGUUGUUCGACAGGCUGCUCAGCGUCCUGCAUGCGCUGCUGAGCAACACCUGGGCAGUCUGGCUAAAGCCUCGAGGCCGAGCGGCAAAGCCUCCUCGAGAAGUACCACCUUUUGAACGUGAAGCUGCCGAAAAGCUCCAGACCGAACUGGAUCACAUGCAACUCCCGAUGUCUCUCCGCAUGAGACUUCAAGCAGCGAUGCCAGUGUUUCCCCCAGGCCCGACUUUCUCACUCUCGGCCGCUCCUCCGCAAGUGCCACAGUCCGCCUUCACGGCGCUGCAAGCCAACCUCUCACCGUCGCUGCACCUCUCGCAUUCCCAAAAGCUUGGAGCCGACCUCAAGUCCAAGCCCUCUCCAUCGCUGGACACCGAGACAGGUAUGGACCCGUGGCUGCUCUUGGAGGACGGGACCGGACUCCCGGCCACCGUCGGCAGCGCAAACUCGUCCACCACGGCCGAUGGAAGCACUCUAAAGGCCUGUCCAUGGCUCAAGGGUGCUGUAAGAGUAAGGAGGACUGAACUAACACACCUCGGUUCUGUAGAUUCUGAUACUUGAUUCAUUACAUGGGCCGAAACGGCCCUCUAUUUUCUCUAGAAAUAAUAGAGGGAGAGGGGGAGGGGUGGGGGCUCACUAACUUGGCUUAGAUGUCCUGCUGCUGCUCGCGGGGAGAUUGUCACUGACCUCUGCUUUUCAACCGUGACAUUUCUAGCGAUAUCCAGGUUGGAUGAGAUUGUGUUCUCUUUUUUCUCUUUGAGAAAGCAGACAGCAUCGUAAGAUAUAAGUUUUAAGACUGUUUGGAGGAGAAGAAGCAUGCAUUGGAAGCUAUGCCAUUCUAGAUCGAAUUGUGACUCGCUUGUUCGAUCGUGACGUUGGGGAUCGAGCGAGCGAGCAAUGCGAGAGGAGAGGAGGAUCCGAGCUUAGUUUAAUUUGGACCCUUAUUUAACCCCUUAAAUACAUGGAUGAGGAAAGGUGGCACAA